CCACAUUAUAAAUACUACUCCUUCGUCAUCCUUCUUCGCAUAUAUCGAUACGCUAUAUUCCCAAUCUCAAAACCCUAGCUAUUUUAAUCCUUCGAUUCGAGUUUCCGUCUCAAUUCUCAAGAUGCAGAUCUUUGUGAAAACUUUGACUGGCAAGACCAUAACCCUUGAAGUAGAAUCGUCUGACACCAUUGAUAAUGUCAAGGCUAAGAUCCAGGACAAAGAGGGUAUCCCUCCGGAUCAGCAAAGGCUGAUUUUUGCUGGUAAACAGCUUGAGGAUGGGAGAACCCUUGCCGAUUACAAUAUUCAGAAGGAGUCCACCCUCCACUUGGUGCUUCGGUUAAGGGGUGGUAUGCAGAUUUUUGUAAAGACUUUGACUGGAAAAACCAUAACCUUGGAGGUGGAGAGUUCUGAUACCAUUGAUAAUGUCAAGGCCAAGAUCCAAGACAAAGAGGGAAUCCCUCCGGAUCAGCAGAGGCUUAUUUUCGCUGGUAAACAACUUGAGGAUGGAAGGACCCUUGCUGAUUACAAUAUUCAGAAGGAGUCAACCCUGCACUUGGUGCUUCGUUUGAGAGGUGGUAUGCAAAUUUUUGUCAAGACUUUGACAGGAAAGACCAUAACCUUGGAAGUGGAGAGUUCAGAUACAAUUGACAAUGUGAAAGCAAAGAUUCAGGAUAAGGAGGGUAUCCCCCCAGAUCAGCAGAGGCUUAUCUUUGCCGGGAAACAGCUUGAAGACGGAAGGACCCUUGCGGAUUAUAACAUACAGAAGGAAUCCACUCUGCACUUGGUUUUGAGGCUUCGUGGUGGCAUGCAGAUUUUUGUGAAGACUCUGACAGGGAAAACCAUUACCUUGGAGGUGGAAAGCUCUGAUACAAUUGAUAAUGUGAAGACAAAGAUUCAGGACAAGGAGGGCAUCCCACCAGAUCAGCAGAGGCUUAUUUUUGCUGGGAAGCAAUUGGAAGAUGGUCGUACCUUGGCAGACUACAACAUUCAGAAAGAAUCCACCCUUCACCUUGUCCUUCGCCUUCGUGGUGGCCUUUAAGCGUUUUCCUUAGUGUGACUAAUCAAUGAUCGACGUCUGUGUGGAAUAACUAUAUUUUUAGUGAUUUCU